GUAAAACAGCAUUAAAUAUAAUCGCGUAUUGCACCUCGGUGGUGAGCUUUGUGUGCUGUGUGCCGGUUUUGUUUUGCCUUGCGGAGAAGCGGAGUCUGCAAGAUGCCUGCCGGAUAUAGAGCAAACGGACAUAUACCACACCCUGCGAAUGGACACAUCAGUGAGUUCACUGCCACGGACAAGUAUUACACAAACGGUGUUGGACCGAAGUUACGCGGCUGGACCAAUGGCGGCAUGCAGGAUCAUCAGUCAACACUGUCCCGACCCCGUUCGGCCGAGGUCAUCACGGCGAACGGUAAUGGUACGCUUCCGAACGGCCGUCACAUGAACGGUGUUCUCACCCGUGGGCCUGGCGGUUUGCAUGAAGAUUUAGAGUUCCCUCCGACGCCUCGAACACUGUCCAAGAAGAAGCAAAUCGUCUGGAUGCGACCUCACGAUAUGUGUGCAAGGCCUCAGUUUCGUCUUGCACCACCGGGAACACCACUCACCGCUAGAGAACUGCCAGAACCGGUGGGACCCGGUGACCCUAGCUUACUGGCGGCGCUUGGAUGUUUAUCGCAACUGCCCAGACUUCUGGAGCGUGUCGUCCCACCGGAACAAACCUUCGACACGGCCAACGGGUACUGUGGAAUGUUCAAAUUCCGCUUUUGGCAGUGGGGUAAAUGGAUUGAGGUGCGAGUUGAUGAUCGCCUGCCCACCCGUGGAGACCGUCCAGCACAUAUGCACUGCGCUCAGCCCGACAUCUUCUGGGCGGCACUGCUCGAAAAAGCAUACGCCAAAUUGUACGGUGGAUAUACCUUCCUGAAGUACGGUACAGUAGGACGAGCCUUGCAAGAUUUAACCGGAGCAGUAGUACAGAGUGUGCCUCCCAGUGGACCAUUGCUUGGUGGAGCUGUGCCGAGAUCCACGCUCUUGAUCGCCAUUAGUGGACUGGAAAAGGAAACCAAAAGACGUCGCUCAGGAUUGCUAACGGAACAUCCGUACUGCGUAACCGGACUUGCCCGAGUGAGAGCCAACUCGAACGACUCAGCCACACACGGCAGUGGCUCGUCUGGUGGUGACACGAGCUUGAUUCGAUUGCGCAGCCCUUGGAUCGGAGGCGAAUGGGGUGGUGUUUGGUGUGGAGCCUGGUCCGAACGAAGCUGGGAGUGGAAUGCACUGAACGAGCGAGACCGGGAGCUCCUAUCAUCGCGCUCAUCCAAUGACUGCGAGUUUUGGAUGUCGGUGAACGAGUUUCUAACGCGCUUUGUCGUCAUCUGGCUGGCACACAUCGGACCGGACGAUUGGGCACUCGAACCAGGGCUGCACACGAGGGCUCCCUGGCGGGCAGCUCUUGCCGUACGACAGUGGCGCGCUGGAUUUAAUGCCGGUGGACCGCACAAGUUCAUCGAGACGACCGCCACGAAUCCUCAGUUCCGCAUCCGUGUACCGCCCGGCCAUCCGUCCAAAGCGCACGUCGUUGUGGCGGUGGCACAGAAGUACGAAUGCUACCGCAGUCGAAACUAUGAGGAUGAGGAGAUCGGAUUUACUAUCUACGAGGUACCGCCGGGGAUGCAGCGUGUUACACCACAGUACGUUAGUGAGCAGAUGCCUCUUGACUUUGCGCCACUAUCGAAUCUGCGCGAGAUCGCCACGUUCUUUGCGCUGCCGGCGGGUGACUUUGUGGUGAUGCCGCAUGCGGCACAGCAUCGCGAGGGAAGGUUUCUGUUGCGAAUUUUCGCGGACCAGCAUACGGACGUAUGGGAAGUGAAUGAGGAGAAUCUGGUGAUACACAACAUUGCGGCCGAGUUUUGUGACGAGCGUACGAUUGAUGCUGUAAGUGGUUGUUCAAACGUGCGCAUCCUUUACAAAUUACGCGCCCGCUAUCCACACGAAAUAGACGCCACUCAGUUGCAAGCCAUCCUGAAAGCACACGGCGGUAACAACCGAGGAUUCCGAGGUCUCGGUGGUAUCAACUGUGGACCUUCGCUGGAGCUCUGUCGCGGUAUGUUAGCGCUGCGGGACCCGGCUCUCGGUGGCCGACUGUCCAUCGAGCAUGUGCCGGCACUGAUCGGAUUGAUGCGAUUCUGGAAGGCAGCUUUCCGACGCUGUGGUCCCUCGUCUUCCGGCACGGCAACGCUUAGCCGAGGUAUUUGGGCGUCGAAGGUGUCUUCUUAUUGCCUGAGAGGUUUGCUGUGGGCUGGUGGAGCUACGGCGAGCAAUAAAGUGCUCGAAGCGCUUGUUAGUCGAUUCACCCGCAACAGACAGAUUACGUUAGAGGGAUACCUACUAUCGAUGGCACGGUUGCAUUUGGCUCAUGAGCGCUAUCACAGUCUGGACGCCAAAGCAAAGGCGAGUCCGCUAUCGUUGGAAGAGAUGAUUCUUAUGACAAUCUACUCGUGAGGUUCU